GCAAUCAAUGAUGCGGGCCCACCAUCCCGCACAAGUCACAACAAUAAUAAGACCAUUCAUUACGUUACAACUCCCCUCUCCGUCUCGUCGAGAAUCCAACACACCUAUCUAUCUCUACGACUCUACCUAUAAUAAUACAUGUAAAUAAUCAUCCUUUUCUCAUUUGUUGUUCUUCCCUGAGUCUGGAUGGAGUGAAGAAAAUUCAAUUCUCCACAAAACAAUAUCGUAGGGAAAGUCCACCCCACCCAAUGGAGAACUACUCUUACUCCUAUCCUGAUUCCAGUAAUUCCUCUCCACGAUCACGAGAGAUCGACUCCGAAAAUCCCCUAUGGGAGGACCUUCCAAACUAUAAAAUCAGAUUCAUGUGCAGCUAUGGCGGUAAGAUUCAGCCUCGUCCACACGACAACCAACUUGCUUAUAUCGGCGGCGACACCAAGAUCUUAUCCGUUGAUCGCGGCAUCCGAUUUUCCGCUCUCAUUUCUAAGCUCUCAUCGCUCUGCGCCUCCGAUGUCGAACUUUCCUUGUUCAAGUACCAGUUGCCCGGUGAAGAUCUCGACGCUCUUAUCUCCGUGACCAAUGACGAGGAUCUUGAGCAUAUGAUGCUCGAAUACGACCGUCUCCAUCGCGCCUCUGCUAAGCCUGCCAGGCUUCGUCUCUUUCUCUUCCCUCACAACCCCUCCCCCCAGAAUGCCUUCGCUUCCAAUGAACCUAAAACUGAUAGCGAGUGGUUUGUCGACGCUCUGAAUAACGUCCCCAUCCAGUCUCUAGAUGCAUCUUCUCCGCCGGCGCCUUCAAUACAGAAUAAUCCUGACUUCCUCUUCGGUUUGGAUAAAGGAUCAGCGAUUCAACCGCAACCGCCGCCUGCGGCAAAACCAACGAUACCAGAACCGGAUCUUCCGGAAGUACCGGCACCAGAAAUUCCGAUCGGAACGGACUCCUGCAGAUAUGAUCGGCGUAUGGCAGCCGAACCUAUUGCUCCCUCAAUCGAGAUCCAGAGACAGAUCCAAGAGUUGAAGAGACUGCAGAUCGCCGAGCAGGAGCAAAACGUAUACCAGAAGCAAAGCGAGGAGAACUUGGCUAAAGCUUUUCCUGGGGAGUUGUACGUGCAGAAGAUUCCUGAGAAAACAGCUCCGGUGCCAUCACCUGUUCCGGUGACAGUACCACAUCCGGCAUCAUAUUGGCCAGAGAGGCACAUGACAACAGCACCUUACCAGCCGACAACUGUGACAGGAGAACAUCCGGUGUAUCUGAUUCCAACGCCGGCCGGUGUAUAUCAUGCGCCAGCCGCACACCCGAUAGCGGGUCAGGUAGGACAGGGUUACUACGCGAUGCCGAGGGUGUUACAGGAUGUUUACAGAGAACCACAAGUUUAUAGUGUGGGGCCACCGGCAGCUCAGCCAGCGAAAGUGGGAAUGUACAAGGAAGGCGGGGUAGGGAUAGUAAGGCCAGCAGCAGGAGCAGCGGCAAUGGCGGAAGCAGGGUAUGCGCAAGUGGCGUAUGAUAGCGCGGGGAGGCAAGUGUAUUAUACAACAACGGCGCCGGGAAUGGUACCCAAUUAUCAGACAGUGACGGCUGCACGCAUCGAUGUUAGACAGGGAGGAGCAGCAACUCCUGCUGUGGUGAGUCAGGAAGCAGGUAAGAUGGGUGGGAAGCCUUCCCAAGGUUCUCUGUGAUUUUCUUAGCCCUUGUUUCUUUUUGGUAGGAGGGAAAUUAUAACAACCGUACGAUUAAUCAUCAACGGUUUAUUGCGGGGGGUGUGUACGGGUGGGUGUAGAUGUAGUUCUGUGAUCUUCUUGUGUGAAUGACUGAAUGUGAAUACGCGGGUUAAUGAGUUCGUUGAUGUUGUUGUUGUUAUCAAUUAUCAUUAUCGUUUGUGGCCAAAACCAAAAAGGAUUUUGUUUGA